AUGUGGAAGGGAGUGAUUUCUAAAAUACUCUCGAGCAAACACGAAAUACUAAAUACAGCUGAGGAGUACAAGUAGGGUGCGUGUGGUUCUAAAGAGUUCUGAACGUAACUCCAAGGAAUCUAUGGAUAUUCUAUUUUGGCAGAUGACAUAAAUCAUAUUUGGAAGUCUCUAAAAAUAAUUUCAGUAGUAAAGUCGUAAAAAUUAUUGUCGAUCAUUGAAAAUUACCUAAGUAUCAAAUGAUUCGUGUUAAAAGUUGGGCUUUCAUUAAGGUGCACAGCUUGAGGCAAAGCUGUGCAUGUCUUAUCGUUACUGGGAUACAUGCUCGGUAUUUUUUCCACUCCCCAAAGCACUCGAAACUUCAGAACAGCUCAGAAAUAAAAGACUGAUAUCUGCCCAUUAAUUUGUCAUAACAUAAUAUGGGGGCAAUUUAGCUUUUUAGGAUUAAAAGUACCAUAACUUGAGCAUAAUGUAGAAGUAAAUUGAUAAUUUAAUUAAUUUCAGGUUACAAUAGAGAGUAAAACAAUAAACAAAAAUGAUCGAUUAUAAAGAAAAAGAUAAACGUCCGCGUUCGUCAGACGAUUGCGGCUUUGACUGUUUCCACAAAAUACAUGAGUGUACACCUGAAGAAUCUUUAGGAAACUUCGUUCGUUGUUCGAGGUACACCCACAGGCGAUGGUUGCUGCUACUAUCCGUACUGUUCAUGGUUGAAUGGUACUAUUUAUACAAUUACUCGGAAUAUAGGAAAGAUUUGGAAAGUAAUAUUUAUAAGCUAGGUUAUGCUAACGCGAGCACGAAUAAUCAUAAUGUGCCUGGAGAGGCUGAUUUAGUUUAUAAGUAUUCCUUGAAAAAUUCUUCGGAAAUUUUAAUGGAUUACAAGCACGAAUAUAAUUCUUCUUAUUAUUGGUUCAUGUCAAUGAAACAUCUAUUUAAGAAUAUUGGUGAAGAAGAGACUCGCAGAUAUUCUGAAGGCGUACCUAGCUGUCAAUUAAAUGAGUCUUCUUUGGGUCCAAUAUUAGUAGACAAAAGUAUCCCGGACCUCAAAUGGGUUGAGGACCGGAAUACCGACGUGAGUCCAGGUGGUUACUACGCACCUGUGGACUGCCGCGCAUCACAUCGAGUGGCUAUUAUAGUUCCAUACCGUAAUCGGAAAAUGAAUUUAGCUGUCCUCCUUCGCUAUUUGCAUCCGUUUCUGAAGAAGCAAUUAUUGGAGUACAGGAUAUUCGUCAUUGAGCAAUACGGUAUAGAACAAUUCAACAAAGGCACAUUAUAUAACAUUGCAUUCCUGGAGAGCCAGCGGUUCGGCAGCUGGGACUGCCUGAUCUUCCACGACGUGGACCUCAUCCCCGAGGACGAGAGGAUCUCCUACACCUGCAUGAAGUACCCCACUCAUAUGUCUCCGUCAGUCGAAUCACAAAACUAUAAUUUAGCCUACGAAACUCUAUUCGGUGGCGUGACGUCACUUAUGCCAGACCAGUAUAUCGCUGUCAAUGGCUACUCCAACUUCUACUGGAGUUGGGGUGCCGAAGACGACGAUAUGUAUAUUAGACUACAAUCUGCAAAACUACCAAUGCUUCGAUACAACAGCACUAUAGCCAGGUUCGCUACUUUGCCUCACGAGCGCAAUAGAGCAGGAAAGGAUAGGUACUUUUUCCUUGACUAUUCAAAACUUCGGUACCAGGUCGAAGGCUUGCGUUCAACAAAGUACAAGUUGUUGAGCGUGGUCAAGCGGAAACUGUACACUCACAUUCUAGCCGACGUGAACCCCAUCAGAAUGAAAAUAGCGAUGAAGAGCAUAAUGAGGCAGCUCGCCAAACUCUUUGAAUGGGAGCGACGUAACUCUUUGCAUGAAUGUCUGGACUCAUCCAAAGAGCCGAGAAGAAGAAAGGAUGUAAGGAGGAAAUGGAAGGCCUGGAUCACGAUGCUGCUAUUCACAUCAGGAGUGUACUACAUCUACACGCACCGGGCAGACCUGUUCCCGGAUUUAUUUGAACGUGACCUGCCAGUUAUUGCAGAGGUUGUAGCUAAUACUGAAGCUUAUACGAAAGCAGCAAAAGUGCUUCGCCCAUCUAAUGCAGUGGACACCAUUGAAAGUUAUGACCCAAAAACGUUGGAAUAUCCUGACGAAGCGAUCAAAUACAAAAACGAGUCUCUAGGUUUUGAAGCAGAAGCUCGGACGGAGGCUCAAAAUAUGCCAACUUGCAGGCUGAAGGAACCACUUGGAAAGGUACAUAUAAAUAAAACGAGUGUUAAUUAUACUGAUGAAAAUAUACAUCCUCAAGUGAAGAAAGGAGGUUAUUACCGGCCUUUGGAUUGCAAACCUAAGCAUCGAGUCGGUAUAAUUGUGCCAUAUAGGAAUCGCUUACACAAUUUGGGCAUAUUCUUAUACAACAUACAUCCAUUUUUAAUUAAUCAAAAGUUGGAGUACCAAAUUUUUGUCAUUGAACAACAAGACAAAGGCCUCUUCAAUAAAGGACGUCUCUUGAACGCCGGGUUCCAAGAGAUGAUGAAAUUCAACUCGUUCCAUUGCGUGAUAUUCCAUGACUUGGAUUUGCUGCCGCUGAACGCCAGCAUUCUGUACACAUGCCCGAUGCUGCCGAGACAUUUGUGUGCGAAGGUUGACGAUACAGUACUCAGAAGGGAAUACAAUAUGACGUUCAAAUUCAAGUCAAUUUUCGGUGGUGUCGUCGCCAUGACUGUGGAACAGUUUCAGAGAGCUAACGGAUACUCCAACCUUUAUUUCGGAUGGGGAGGAGAGGAUAACGACAUGUUUUGGAGGCUCCGCGCCGCCGGCUAUCCCAUUGUGAGGUACAGUAAAAAGGUUGGCGUUUACGAAGUCCUUCCUCAUGAUCGUGAACCUGAAAAUCUUUUCAGGUUUCAUUUACUAAGCAGAGCAAUGGAGAGAUACAAAACGGAUGGACUUGGCGAUUCUGAAUACUAUGUAAUAACGACGAAGUUUUAUCAUCUGUGCACGUAUAUGUUGGUGGAUAUUAACCCGAGAGGCGAUAAUAUUACCGAAAUCAAUAAUAAAUGGGCGAAUACUAGUGUCAAUACUGUCAAUUAUAAACAAUAAAGCGUUACAAGAAUUGUGGGACUUUUAUAUGAACCUCCUGUAAUAAACUAUCUACAUAUGGAAGUGAUAUUUACGUAAUAAUAUGUUAAAUUGUUCGAACAAAUCUGAGUAUGAACUGCCAUUUAUCUGAACUCACUUCCCCUCAGAAAGUUAAGCAUUAUUUUUCGUGUUAUUGUUCCU